UCGCGCUUCAUCUAGUCCUCUUUGGAAAAGGAGUAGGGUUUGCGACUGGAUUGCUUCUUUUGAAUCGGUUUCUGAGUUGUAGAUAGAUCCAUUCGAAGUUGGUCUCUUUUUUUCUGCCUACCUCUGCCUUUAUUUUCCUGGAAAUAUAUCUGAUAGCCCUUCGCUGUGUGCCGGUGUUUUUCCCCUUGCGUCUCUUUAUCUGUAUUAACCCUUAGGAGAGUCAACAAAAUCCAUGCUGUCUGAAAGCUGUGUGGUUCAAGGAAUUUUUUUUUAAUCACCUUUUUAAAAAAAUCACCGAAAGUUGGAGAUUUUGUAAAUUCUACAAACGGACUGUCGUGCAAUGUUUAGUGCAGUGUGGUGUGGCACCGACUUUGAGACCGGCAGUUCUGGGUUAAAAUAAGGCCUCUUCCAUUUGAUAUGUGUGAACCCAAGUGGGCAAUGUACAUGCCCUCUCUAAUCAUCAUUCAUUUUAUAUUUGUCAAAAGGAAUGUAUUAAAAAUACAAAGUUAAGUGAAAAAGUGAAUAAGUAAAAUUAUUUUAAAAAAUCAAUAAAUUACAGCCCCACCUACAAGACCCGGUCCCCCAAGAGGCACUGCGCGAAGCCCCGCCAGGGGUUCCCUAGGCAACCGCUGCACCGACACAGCGAUACCAGAGGCGGCUGCGGACCGGCAGGUGGGGUCCUGUGGGCUCCUGGGGACUCCUCUGUGCCGAGUAUUUUAUAUUAUGAAUUCUGAAGAGAAUACAGAAGAGUAUCCUUUUGCAGAUAUAUUUAAUGAAGAUGAAGCUGAAUAUAACUUUUUGCUGUCUAAACCUGUUUGCUUUGUUAUAUUUGGGAAACCAGGGGUUGGGAAGACAACCUUAGCCCGUCAGAUAACACAAGCAUGGAAAUGUAUUCGUGUAGAAGCUUUACCAAUUUUGGAAGAACAGAUUGCCAGUGAAACUGAAUCAGGAGUUAUGUUGCAAUCAAUGCUGCUCGGUGGUCAAAGCAUUCCAGAUGAACUUGUCAUGAAGCUAAUGUUGGAGAAGCUCAACUCCCUGGAAGUUUCUCACUUUGGUUAUAUUGUCACUGAACUACCAUCACUUUCACAGGAUGCCAUAACUACUUUGCAGCAAAUAGAAUUAAUUAAAAAUUUAAAUUUGAAACCUGAUAUAAUAAUCAAUAUUAAGGCAUUUAUUGCAGAAAUGCAGAUGGUGGCUGAAAUUCUUCAACACGUAGUCCAGAGACCUGAGGAUUAUUUGGAAAAUAUUGAGAACGUUGUUAAACUUUACAAGGAACUAAUUCUUCAUUCUUUAGAAGAAGUAAUGGCUGAACACAAUUCCCAGUAUCUCAUUGAGCUCGAUGGAAAUAAGCCCCCAGAGGAGCUCUUCAUGACAGUUAUGGACCGACUUAAAUAUCUGAACCUAAAAAGAGCAGCUGUUUUAACUAAACUUCAGAGUGCAGAAGAAGAAAUUAAUGACAUAAUGGACAAUGAUGAGCUGUUCCGUACUCUUGCAUCUUAUAAACUUAUCGCACCAAGGUAUAGAUGGCAGAGAAGCAGAUGGGGACGUACAUGUCCUGUGACUUUAAAAGAAGGUAACAUUUAUCCAGGACUACCAGACUUUUCCGUGAGUUUUCUAGGUAAAAUGUACUGUCUUUCAUCAGAAGAAGCAUUAAAAAAAUUUUUAUUGAACCCACGUCCCUAUCUUCUUCCGCCUAUGCCGGCACCACCAUUUAAAGUAUUCAUAUUUGGACCUCAGUCUUCAGGGAAAACAACACUUAGCAAUUUGCUUGCAGAAAAUUACAAAGGAAAGGUAAUUGACUAUGCCGAACUUGUUCAACCACGUUUUGAUAAAGCCCUUCAGUCAUUAAUAAGCGAUACUAUCGCUGAGGCCACCGAAGCAGCGAUUAAAGCUGUGAAAGAACAGCUUCUCACAAAACUACAAGCUAAAAGACAAGAGUCAACUUUAAGAGAACUUGAAAGGAAGGAGUAUGACAAGUUCCCAACUGAUGUGGAUAAGAGCUUAGAAGAGAUGCAGUCUUCAUUUGAUGAAGAUGUGUUCACUCGUGAAUACCAAAGAGAAAGCUCUUUAGAAGACAGUGAAGACAAAAAGAAUUCAGAAAAUAUCCUCGGUGAUCAAGCCUCUAAAACUGAUUCAACAGAAGACUCAAUAGAAGAGGUAACUGCAGAUCAUCCAGAGGUUCUUUCUAUAAUAGAGGAGACUGUAAAAAUGACAAAGGAUAUGAACUUUGAACAUCCAUAUGAAAAACAUGCUGAAAUCCUAGAGGAAAUCAUCAAAGAGGCUGUUGAAGAAAACACAAAUAGGUCUUCUAGCGCCCCAAAACAUGGAGGAUGGAUCCUGGACAACUGCCCUAUUAUAAAAGAACUGUGGAUAGUCUUAGUCGAGAAAGGAAUUAUACCUGACUUAGUAAUCUGCUUAUCAGAUACAGAAAACAAUGGAAAAUAUUUACUGAAUAGACUGUAUUUAGAGAAUAAACCUGAAAUUGACUCUAAGAUUUUAGAAAGAUUAUUAGAUGAACUACAAAAGAAAAAAAAAGAGGAAGAAGAAGCAAGAAAAGCCACUGAAGAGGCAUUGAGAAUACAAGAAAACCAAAGCCUGUUGGAAGCUAUGAAUGAGAAAGCAAAAGAACUAGAAGAGACGGAUCCAGAGACUGAAGAGGAGAUUGAAGGUGAGGAGUCUGAAGUUCAGGAAGGGUCUGAGGCCCUGGAAGUAGCCGAGGAGACCAGGGGAUCCUUACCUGAGGAACCUCAAGUGCCGGAGGUCCCUGAAACAGAACCUGAAUCAGUAUCUGAGCCUGGGGAGGAUACUACAGUUGGAACAGACAUUUCAAAAGGAUCCAAAGAGGCCCUGGAAAUUAAAGAAUUGUCUGAAACAGUUGUACUCCCUGAGUUUCCAGAAGAUGCUUAUCCUGAUGUUCCUGAAAUGGAGCCAAUUAAAGAGAAGGUUAAAAAUUUCAACUUUGGCUGGAAACAGCUGGAACCAGCAAUCCAUGAGUCAUUCGUUCAAAUUUUAAACUUGGAGAUUGCUGACAAAACACCAGAGGAACUACUUCAAAAAGUAGUUGAGAUUAUGGAAAAACCCUUCCAGUAUGCAGGAUGGGAGUUAACUAUGGAAGAUUAUGAUGAAGAAACAGAAGACUAUCAGGCUGACGCUGAAGUUGAGGAGGAGCUAGAAGAGGAAGAGGAAGAAGAGGAAGAGAAUGAAGAAAGAAUUAAAGAGAAGAGAAGGCAUUUGGGGGAUAGCAAGCACUUUUGUCCAGUGGUUCUCAAAGAAAACUUCAUCCUACAGCCAGGCAGCAUAGAAGAAGCAGCUAAAUAUCGAGAAAAGAUCUACUACUUUUCAAGUCCUGACGCUAGAGAAAAGUUUCUGGAGCAUCCUGAGAAGUACGUGGCUCAUAAUGAGCCAUUAAAGGCUCCUCCAAUAAGAAUAUGCCUUCUGGGCCCACAUGGCUCUGGUAAAACUGUCUGUGGAAGAUACUUAGCAGAAAAAUUGGGCAUUUUUCACAUUCAGUUUGAAGAAUUUCUUCAAGAAAAACUAAUGCUCAAAACUGAAAAGAAAAUAGGAACUGAAUUUGAAGAAGAUUCUGAGGAAGAACAGUUUGCAAAACAAGAACUUGAAGAACUUGCCAUUCAGGCCAAUGUCAAGAUUGAAGAAGAAAAUACAAAGAAACCGUCUCCAGAAGUACAAUUUACAGAAGAAGAAGAAGCAAUCAGAUUAAAUCUAAUGGAAAAUGAGCCACUGCCUCCCGAAAUUCUUGAAACAAUUCUUUCUGAGUGGUGGCUUAAGGAACCAAUGCGUUCCACAGGUUUUAUAUUAGAUGGUUUCCCACGAUAUCCUGAUGAGGCCCUGUUUCUGGGGGAACAUGGGUUUUUCCCAGAUGCUGCUGUUUUCCUACAAGUUGAUGAUCAAGAUGUUUCUGAUCGCCUCCUUCCUUCCCAAAUUGAAAAGUGGAAACUGAAACAAAAGAAGAAAUUAGAAAGGAAAAAACUCAUCAAAGAAAUGAAGGCAAAAAUCAAGGAUGAUAUGAUUUCUAAAAGAAGGGCUGAACUUAUAGCAGAGAGAGAGAAAAAACAGAAAGGGGAGACACAUAGGGAAGAUGAAGAUUUUAGUGAAGAAGAGCCUGAAGAAGAGGAAGAUGAUAUUGACAACAUCCUUGAAGAUGAAUUUCCAAAAGAUGAGGAAGUGAUGAGUGAGGAAGAUGAAGAACAGGAAAUUGAUGCACUUGAACGCCUGAGAGGUGAACUGGGAGAAAAAUUUGAAACAGAUAUGAAUAAUUUACAAGUAAUACAGGAUGAAUGUGAGAAGCUUAUGAUACCAGUAAUUCUCAUUAAUGGAGCUCGGAAAAUCCAUAUUGUACAAUAUAAUUUGAAUAUGAAACUGAAACCACUGGUAGAGAAUCGUGAGAGCAUUUUUGAAAAAUGUUAUCCAAUAGCAUCGCACCUUGCCCAGAAAAUGCUGAACUACACCUAUAAGCAUAUAAGUGCAUUUGGCUACUGGGACCCUGUAAAGCUAAGGGAAGGAGAGACAAUCAAGCCAAUUGAAACUUCAGAGAAUCCAGUUUAUGCUGUAAUCCAUCGUCAGUAUAUUUAUUUUCUAUCUAGUAAGGAAUCUAGAGAAAAAUUUAUGAAGAACCCAAUCAAAUAUAUCCGCCAACCCAAACCUAAGCCUACUAUGCCCAUUAGGAUUGCAAUUCUGGGGCCUCCAAAAUCUGGGAAAACUACAGUUGCCAAAAAAAUUUCAAGUGAAUAUGGCUUAAAGCGCUUGUCAAUAGGAGAGGCGAUGCGUUAUGUAUUAAACAGCCAACCAGAAACAGAGCUGGCGCUCAUGUUGAAUUGGCAUCUUCAUAAAGGAAUGACAGCACCUGAUGAACUGGCUAUUCAAGCCUUAGAAAUAUCUCUGAUGGAAAGUAUAUGUAAUACUGCGGGUGUUGUCAUCGAUGGCUAUCCUGUAACUAAGUAUCAAAUCAGCCUCCUGGAAUCUAGGUCAAUCAUUCCCAUGGUCAUCUUUGAGCUGGAUGUGCCUUCCAAGGAGAUUUUCAAAAGAUUGUUCCUGGAAAAAAAAAAGGAACCAAGUUUGCCUUAUCCACUGCACAAUAGCACACAAAUUAUGGCAGUCAAAAACUCAAAACACCGCAAAAAUAUUAAUGAGAUUAGGCAAUAUUAUCAAGAACAACAUCAGAACUGGUAUGUGAUUGAUGGAUUUCACAGCAAAUGGUGGGUGUGGAAUGAAGUCAUUAAGAAAGUUCAAAUGGUGAAUAAAUAUAUGCAGACAUACCUGGAAAGAAUAAACGCAGGAAAAGCUGCAUGCAUUGACAAGUUAUGUAUCACACCUCAAGAACUGAUUUCUCGCCUGGGGGAAUUUGGACAGUUCUGCCCUAUCAGCCUGGCCGAAUCGUAUGAGCUCGUUGAUUGUUCUGUAACUGAGUCACUGAAAUUUGCAGCAGAGUUCAGAGGGCACUAUUAUAAAAUGAGUUCUCAGGAAAAUCUGAAUAAAUUUUUGCAGAACCCAGAAUUGUAUGUGCCUCCGUUAGCACCUCAUCCUCUACCACCUGCUGACAUGAUCCCCAAAAGGCUGACACUGUCGGAGCUGAAGAGUCGAUUCCCUAAGUGUGCGGAGCUCCAGGGCUACUGUCCAGUGACCUAUCAGGAUGGAAAUCACAGAUAUGAGGCCCUAAUACCUGGGAACAUUAACUAUGCUUUAGAAUAUCGUGAUCGUAUAUAUAUUUGUGAGAGUCGAGAAAAACUCGAGAAAUUUUUGAGGUUGCCACAGAAAUACUGGAAUCAGAAGCUUCCAUACAAACUGCCCCCGUUAAAGGAGCCCAUACACCUCACAAGUCUUCCUUUGCCUGGAUAUCUGGAACAGGGUAUUGCAACUUCACUAAUUAAAGCAAUGAAUGCAGCAGGAUGCUUAAAGCCCAAAUUCCCCUUCUUAAGUGUAAAGAGAUCUGCACUGCUAUUUAUAGCUUUUCACCUAAAAGCCUACAAUCCCAAUGGUUCUGAAUAUACAAAAAGGAAGUAUAAGAAGAAGAUGGACCAAUUUUUGGAGAGAUGUGAACUCAUUACAUAUCUGGGUGCCAAGAUGACCAAAAAAUACAAGGAACCUCAGUUUAGAGCCAUUGACUUCGAUCAUAAAUUACAGACCUUUCUCUCUCUUAAAAAUAUAGACCCAGUUAAUGGAUAGUUUGCUUGGGUGACUGCAACCAGAAUGUCAAGAGUUAUCUGAAAGGGAUAGAAGGAAAUAGGCUGAAAAUCUGACCCUCUCUGCAGCACUUUUCCCUUCUGGUGGACUCAAAGCACUGCCAGCCAGGAGUGCGUGCACCUUCCUCUAUAAGCAUAAGUCUUAAUAUAACUUACAAAUUAUUGCCUGAACAUUCUUCCUUUAACAAAAUAGUUAUUCCAUUUAGAGUAAGUAACUCAUUUUACUUAAUACAUUUAUUGUUCAAUUUCCUUUUUAACAUUUUCAGUCUCCAUUAAAGAAAAUUGCUCAGUAGGUGUUAGAAAGCUUCAAGAAAUGAAAUUAACAUUGAUAUAAAUAAAAUAGAAACAUUGGUUACACUUUCAACAUAAAGAGCUGUUUGUAAACGUCAUGAACUAGGACAUGUUAUCAUUUUCCCAACAAAAUAAAUGCA